AUGGACGCCCCGUCCAAGGCUGGGCCCGCCUUCUUCGGCGUCUUCGCUGGGCGCUUCAUGGCCGUGGCCGAGGCCGCCGGGCGCUUGAGGGUAGGUGGCGAGAGCUUCCCGUUCAGGGCCGUCCGCGAGAUCGACGUCGGUUGCGCGAGGGCCAUCUGCGCGAGGAUCACUUACGUCGGGGAGCUCGGCUUCGAGCUUUUUGUGCCUACCGAGAUGGCGUUGCACGUCCACGACAGGCUGGUCGAGGCGGGCGGUGGCGGCCUCGUGCACGCUGGGCUGAAGGCGCUCGGCAGCCUGCGCAUGGAGAAGGGCUACCGGGACUACGGCCACGACGUGGACAACACGGACACCGUCCUUGAGGCCGGGCUCGGCUUCGCGGUGGACCUCCAGAAGCCGGGGGGGUUCCUAGGCCGCGACGCGGUCCUGGCCGAGAAGGCGCGCGGCCCCCUGCGGCAGCGGCUGGUGCAGGUGCUGGUGACGGACCCCGAGCCGCUGAUGUUCCACGGCGAGGUCGUGCUUCGCGACGGGCGGCCGGUGGGCUACUUGCGCGCGGCUUCCUACGGCCACACGCUGGGCGGAGCCGUCGGCCUGGCGAUGGUGAGUGCCGAGGGCGGCGCCGCGGUGGACAAGGCGUUCCUGGGGGCCGGCAGCUGGGAGGUGGACAUAGCCAGUCGCCGGUACCCCGCGCGGGCGUCGCUGAGGCCCCUGUACGACCCGACGAGCGCCCGCGUCAGGUGGUAACGUGCGCCAGUUUCCGCCGAGCGCGGGGGGAA